AUAUAUAAUGGAAACUUUGGCUACCAAAGCUUAAGAGUCUUAAUUGUCUUCAUGAAAUUUCAGAAAAGAUUAAGGAAGAUUAAUGAUGAUAUUGCUAGUUAUUAAUUGGAGGUUUUUGGUAAUUUCUACCACAUUAUUAUAGUUAUAUUAUUCUUCUUUACUGCUCUUUCUACAUGGAAGGAAGACAGAAAUCUAGAGCCCUCAACAAACCAUGUAUCAUGCUUAUAGUGAUUGCGGGCAUGGAGAGAUUUGCAUUCAAAGGGGUGGCAUCAAAUUUGGUGACAUAUCUUACGGAUAUUAUACAUAUGAGCAAUUCAGCAGCAGCUAAAACUGUAAAUAGUUGGUGUGGGCUUACAUCUAUUAUGCCACUCUUGGUGGCUCCUCUUGCUGAUUCUUUAUGGGAUCACUACUCAACAAUAUUGGUUUCAUCGUUAUUCUAUAUUCUGGGCCUUGCAGCAUUAACAUCAACUACAUUCGAAUGGGCAUGGCCAGUGAACAAGAAUAUCUCCAACGCAUUCAUGUUUUGGUCACUCUGUUUAAUAUCACUCGGCCAAGGAGGCUACAACCCUUCCUUGCAAGCCUUUGGAGCAGAUCAACUCGGAGAAGAAGAAGACUUGCCCACUGACCAAACAGACCUUAAAAAAUCCAGUAAAAGGACCCUCUUCUUCACUUGGUGGUACUUCGGUGUUUGCAGUGGCAGCCUCUUGGGAGUUUCUGUAAUGUCAUACAUCCAAGACACUUUAGGCUGGUCUCUAGGCUUUGCAGUUCCUACCUUGGCCAUGAUCGCGUCUAUCAUCUUGUUUUCCAGCGGCACCAGAAGCUAUACAUUUAAUUUCGCAAAUGAUCACAAGGUUGAUAAUCAUAAUCCACUCAAGACUACGGUUGAUGGUCUAAAAGCUGCUAUAUCAAGGGUGUUCAACUGUGGCAUCGGUGAAUCCCAUCGCAAAGCGGAUGUUCCAGAGUUAGAGCUGCAGGAAAAUCAAAUCUCAAGCCAGAAGUUAGUAGGAACCAAGGAAGUUGAUGAGAAACCCAGUAAAAGAAUUCGCCUUUCUGACAAUAUUAAGGUAUCACUAAGGCUCUUACCUAUUUGGACCAUGCUGCUGCUGUUUGCUGUGAUCUUCCAACAACCAGCCACAUUCUUCACCAAACAGGGCAUGACGAUGAAACGAAAUAUAGGCACUAAGUUCAAAAUACCACCAGCGACUCUUCAAGGAGCCAUUACUGUCUCAAUUAUCCUCCUGAUGCCCUUGUAUGACAAGAUUCUUGUUCCAUGUACACAAGUUAUCACCAGAAAUGAGAAGGGAAUAACUGUCCUGCAGAGAAUGGGAGCAGGAAUGGUCCUUUCUAUCAUUGCCAUGGUGAUUGCCGCCUUGGUAGAAGAGAAGAGACUCAGAACUCCAUCAUUGACUAUAUUUUGGUUGCUACCACAAUACAUAUUACUAGGCAUAUCAGACAUCUUCACAGUUGUGGGCAUGCAAGAGUUCUUUUAUGGUGAAGUUCCUGUUAAAAUGAGGACAAUGGGAAUAGCCCUGUAUACUAGUGUGUUCGGAGUAGGCAGUUUCCUUAGUGCUAUGAUGAUAUCUUUGAUUGAGAUCUUCAGUACAAGGGGAGGAAAGCAGAGUUGGUUCUCAGAUGAUAUGUCGAAAGCAAGGCUGGAUAAGUACUAUUGGCUACUAGCUAUAUUAAGUACAUUCAGUUUGCUGGUGUAUAUAAUUUUGUGUAGAUUUCACAAGAGUAGGAGUGAUUUGGGUGACGAAAAUGAUGUAUAAAGUUUCAGUUUAUCAAUACACUAGAGUAGUAGUGACUUGAUUGAUGAAACCAGUUUAUAAAGUUCUGGUUUAUCAACUUUAUUCACUCUAAGCUGAUCUUGUUACCAAAUAUAAUCCUCCACAUCAGAUGGACAGGUGAUUGGAAUAAACAGGAAACUAAUAACAGAAACAGUGGCAUUGUGAGAAA